AUGACUUCAAAGCUGGUGACUUUGAAUCUAUUUCGAAUUUCUUCAACUCUUUCAACUGGGAUGCCACCUUUUCUAAUUACUCCACAAAUGAUGCACCCACAGUUUUCAAUGAUACGCUCUUUAAGUGAAGGAAUCUUUCCAACUGUUUGGAAAACAUGCUCAAUUACCCCUAUCCUAAAAUCUGGUGACCCGUCCGACGUGUCCAAUUAUAGGCCAAUUUCGAUUCUUCCCCAUCUGGCAAAACUGUUCGAAUCCAUUAUUUACUGUUCCAUUAAAAGAAGUCUCAACCACAUUAUCCAUAAUAAUCAACACGGCUUCGGACCUGGAAAAUCCACCGUCACUAUUAGUUUAUCAUUUACCUCUUAUAUUUUGGACAAUCUGGAAACUGGUUCUCAAGUAGAUGCCAUAUUUACUGACUUUAAGAAAGCCUUCGACACAGUAGAUCAUGGUCUUUUAAUAGAUACAAUUGAUAAACUCAGUAUUGAUAAUCUUCUCCUCUCCUGGUUAGGGUCCUAUCUAACAUCAAGAAGACAAUUUGUCUCCAUCGGUGGAGCACAUUCCGACCUUGUAACCAUACCUUCCGGUGAACCCCAAGGUGGUCAUCUUAGUCCCCAUCUUAGUCUUAUUCUCUUAUUUGCCGAUGACAUUAAACUAUAUCUAAAAAUAAACUCUACAUCUGACUGUCAUACCGUGCAAUCCGACCUUGAUACAUUUUCAGAUUGG